GGACAAUCGAUUGCUGCCUGCAUCACCUUCUCUUCCCGCCCCAAGUCUCUCAUAAACUUUACCUUCACCAUGGCUGACCGAUUCCCGUCGUUGGAUGAGAUUGACGCUGGUCACACCGAAGCGCGCGGUGAUGCCACCGACUUCGACCUCGUAGGCGACUCAAAUGGCACCGACGACUUUCUCUCACGCGAACGCGCAAUGCUCGGCGACGACGCGGACCUGUUCACUUCGGACAACGACAAGCUGGCAACAGUCGAAGAUGGGGAUGAUGACUUGCUUGGUGGAGACGACUACGAGGCCAACGUUGGCGGAGAGGAGAUGAGCGGCUUUGAGAGCUCUUUCCCCGCAAUCGACACCUCCAACAACCACAUGGCCCCCGGCGGCACCAUCACCGGCUCCUCACUCCCGUUCCUCCCCGGCCAACCCGCACCCUCGUUCACCCCCCUGCGAUCAGACUCUCCAGAGCCCGACGUCAUCCGAGAAUGGCGCGAACGCCGUGAUCUCCAGAUCCAGCACCGCGACGAAGUCUCCGCCGAGCGCAAGGACCGAACCAUCAAAGAGGCCCAGGAGAACAUUGACGAUUUCUACGACAACUACAACAACAAGAAGGACAAGGAGAUUGCCAAGACACGAAAAGAUGCUGAGGAGUUCCUUGCCAACCGAGACGAUACGACCGCUGGUGGAACGAGCUGGGAGCGAAUUGCCAAACUGGUGGAUCUGAGCGGCAAGGGCACAAAAGGCGGUGCAUCUGGGAGUGAGAAGGCGCGGUUCAGGGAACUGCUGCUGAGCUUGAGAAAGGAUGAGAAAGCACCUGGCGCGACUGGUUACUAGACGUGUUGAGCGGAGUGAACGGAGAGGAACAAACGCAGAGGAAGAGACGGUAUGAUGAUGACUUCAAGGACUAGGUUAUGCAGGUUUUGGCUACUUCGGUCUGCCCGGCUGUGGCUUGGAGUUACAGGAUAGGAUGCAUGUUACUUCAUGCAACUCUGUUAAUACUUUUCUCCACUGUUCCGCCUUUUCUCGUCUUCUUGCUGGUUAACGAUUAUCUCAUUUGUGUCUUUUCGCCUUUGACUAUGUCUUGCAUUUUGACCACUGUCGUCAAUCCCAGAAGGUUCUUUUUGAAACAUCAUUUCCUCCGGUACGCCUCAUCGCCAACACUUCUCUAAUCCCAUACCCUCCGAACCAAAGAUACAAUCAAAUGAACCC